GAAUGUUAAACGAAAUUUAGAAAUAUGUGCAAAAGUUGGUUUAACUAAUUUUCAAAUUGAAAUUGUUACUGAUAAACCAAUAAAUAUAAUUGGUUUACCAUUAAAUAUGAUUCGUCAAGUUGUUAUACCACAUGAUUAUCGAACAAAAACAGGUGCACUUUAUAAAUCUCGUGCAUUACAAUAUGCUAUCGAGCCUGAUGUUAAUCAAUUAGCACCUGAUGAUUAUAUUGUACAUCUAGAUGAAGAAACUUUAUUAACAGAAAAUUCUGUUCGUGGAAUAUUAAAUUUUGUCAAUUCACAAGACUACGACAUUGGACAAGGUUUAAUAACAUAUGCCAAUGAAACAAUUGUUAAUCAUAUAACAACAUUAGCUGAUAGUAUGCGUGUUGGUGUGGAUUUAGGAUGUUUAAGAUUUUGUUUGAAGAAAUUUCAUCAACCACCAUUUUUAUUCAAAGGAUCAUUUGUUGUAUGUCGAGCUGGAUGUGAAUUUGAUGUUACAUUUGAUAAUGGACGUGCAGGUUCAAUAGCUGAAGAUACAUAUUUUGCAAUGUUAGCUAUGUCAAAAAAUAAAAAAUUUGGAUGGAUUGAAGGUGAAAUGUGGGAAAAAAGUCCAUUUACAUUAACAGAUUUUAUUAAACAACGUAAACGAUGGUUACAAGGAAUUUUUCUUGUUGUUCAUGAUAAACAUUUACCAUUACGAGUUCGAAUUGGAUUAGGUAUUGCACUUUAUUCAUGGAUUACAUUACCAUUGACUUCAUUGAAUGUUAUUCUUACUCCACUUUGUCCUAUACCAUUACAUUGGACGUUAAAUUUUUUAAUUGGUUAUAUUGGAGCUGUUAAUAUUUAUUUAUAUGUAAUCGGUGCAGUUCGAUCAUUCUCAUUAAUACGUUUAGGUUAUGCACAAUUUGCACUUAGAAUAUUUGGUACAUUAGCAACAAUUCCAUUUGUAGUUAUUUGCGAAAUAACUGCUGUACUUUGGGGCUUAUUUAGUGACAAGGGAAAAUUUUAUAUUGUCGAUAAACAAUUAGGACCAAUGAUUAGCGUUUAA